CCACUACCAUAACAUAUAUGUCCUCUUCUUUCAAAAAUGAAUUAUGAAUAUAUGGCCGGCACUGCACUGCGCACGUCUGUAUAAAAGGCCUACGACUUUGCUUUCCUUCCUUCUUAUAUAUUCAACCAAAUUACCAAGAACGCCUAAGCUAAUUAUAUAUCCAUGGCAAUAAUCAGCUGGUUGUCAUCUUCCAUCUUCCUCUCAUUAUUCACCUUGUUUUGCCUUAGUAUUAGUAAUGCAACAUGGGGUGCUGAGGCUGCUCGCGAAUCAUGUCGUCCCAUCUCGUCUUUGAUCAACAAAGACCUUUUCCACACCAUGUUUCUGCACAAGGACGACGCCGCAUGCCCUGCCAAAGACUUCUACGCCUACAACUCUUUCAUCAAAGCCUCCAAAUCCUUCCCUGGAUUUGGCACCACCGGAAGCUUAACCACUCGCAAGCGCGAAAUUGCUGCCUUCCUUGCUCAGAUCUCUCACGAGACUUCAGGUGGGUGGGCUACUGCCCCUGAUGGACCCUAUGCAUGGGGUUUGUGCUUUAAAGAGGAAAUCAAUCCCCAGAGCGACUACUGUGACUCCACCAACAAGGAAUGGCCCUGCUAUCCGGGCAAAUCUUACAAAGGAAGAGGCCCUAUUCAACUAUCUUGGAACUUUAAUUAUGGCCCGGCCGGCAAGGCAUUGGGGUUUGAUGGGCUUAAGAAUCCAGAAAUAGUGGCAAACAAUUCCAUGAUCGCGUUGAAAACGGCUCUGUGGUUCUGGAUGACUGAGCAAAAGCCGAAGCCGUCUUGUCACGAUGUCAUGGUUGGACGAUAUAUUCCCACAGAAGCUGAUGUGGCAGCCAACCGGACAGCCGGAUUUGGGGUGGUGACUAACAUAAUCAACGGUGGCCUUGAGUGCGGCAUACCAAACGACGCACGAGUGAAUGAUCGGAUUGGUUAUUUCAAAAGAUAUGCUCAGCUGUUGAAUGUGGAUACUGGAUCUAACUUAGACUGUGCAAAUCAGAAGUCUUUUUAAUGUUAAAAAAACAGGAAUGCAGUAACAGGAAUGCAGUGCAAGUUGCAACAUGUCUUUGAUAUUUUUCUUACAAUAUUACAUGGAAUAAGAAUUAAUACAGAGCUUGACUUGAUGGAGUUUUCUGUUUUGUAUUUAAUUUCUGUCUGUGUGAUCCUUUUUUUAGAUUUGAUGAAUAGAAUAUGUUGUGAUCCUUCAAUCAUGGAGUAGUUGUUGGAAUAUAAUAAAAGGGAAAGGAUCAUUACCCGUGUGAUUCUUUGGCUCA